AUGGCUAGACUGCCACUGAAAGAGGAGAAGGAGGACAACGACGACGAGGACAACUCCGGCGACGAGCACAAGCAGAUCUGGCUCGAUCCGUACUGCGUUUUUGACCGGUACUUCCGCGAGAAGGAUGACAAGGGCGCCGGGAAGGAACAUAGUUUCUUCAUCGUCCGGUAUGUUAUUGGCAGUGUACAACAACAAUAUUCAGAGAUGAGAUCUCGGCAUUUCCCUGUGUCGACCAUGGCUACGUGGCACCAGGGUGAUGUGAACGAUGUGAGGGGGUGGGACUCGUCCUCACCUGUGCCGUGGCCUCCGCGUGCGCAGCUUCCAUACGUCGUCUCUCCUGCGUGCGGGGAGACGGAGGACCGCCGCCGGGAGAUCUCCUCCUCGCCCGCCCUAUUCGCCUCCGGUACCCUAGGCGCCGCGCCGGACACUGCCUGGGCCCUCGUUCUCUGCCGCGGCGACAUCAGCGCCUCCGACUGCUACGACUGCGUCACCUCCGCCGGUCAGGACCCGGCCACUGCCUGGGCCCUGGCUCUCUACCGCGUCGACGUCAGCGCCUCCGACUGCUACGACUGCGUCACCUCCCCGGGUCAGGACGCGGCCACAGCCUGCAACCGCAGCAGGGACGUUGGCCUCAGCUACGACCAGUGCUACGUCCGCCUAGCCAACCACAACGACUUCCUCGACCCCAACGGCAACUCCGGCGAGGUAAAUCACUUUAGUGAUCUCAAAAUCACAAGCAACGACGUCGACGGCUACAACCGCGCGGUCACCGGCCUUCUGAGCGCCACGGUGCAGUAUGCCGUGGAAAACUCCACCAGGCUGUUCGCCACGGGGCAAUGGGUAGGGCCCGACCCGGGGUUCAGCAAUAUCUACUCGGCGGCGCAGUGCGCGGCGGAUCUGUCGCCGAUGCAGUGCCGAAGCUGCCUCCAGGGCCUUGUGGGCAAGUGGUGGUCCACCUUCUCGCGGGACGUGAUGGCCGCGAGGCUGGCUGGUCCGCGGUGUACCUUGAGGUCCGAAUUGGACCAGUUCUACAAUGGCGACGCGAUGCUCCUGUUGCCGACCAAGGUGGCCGCACCGGCGCCACCAGCUCCAGCACCGACGGCUGCUACUAGAGAGCUUGAAAAUGGAGAAGAAAUUGCUGUGAAGGUCCUUUACAAUAACAUGCCAGAGAUUGAUGAUGUAAAAUUCCAACAUGAGUUCGAAAACCUUAUGAGGCUCGAGCAUCACAACAUUGUAAGGUUAGUUGCCUAUUGCUAUGAAACACAACAUCAACCUAUGCAGUAUAUGGGAAGAACAUUUUUUGCUGAAAGGACAUACAGAGCACUCUGCUUUGAGUAUAUGCAAAAUGGAAGCCUUGAAAAACACCUUUCUGGUAUGAUUUUGCUCCACUUCUUCUUCUCUUUUACUUCAAGGAUAUGAUGCUCUAUUUGCUUUAUUGAUUUAUGUUUCUUACCGCGUGAAUAAAAAUGAUUGUGUAUAUUUGGAUUUCAUUGAUGCGUUAUUUUUAAAUUGUAGAUGAAGGUGAUGGACUUGACUGGCAUACACGUUACUAAAUUAUCAAGGGGGUAUGGAAGGGUUUAAAGCACCUUCAUGAAGGAUUUGAUAAACCAAUUUACCAUUUAGACCUAAAGCCUGGUAAUAUAUUGUUAGACAAGAACAUGGUGCCAAAGCUUGCGGACUUUGGUUUGUCCAAGCUCUUCAGUGAUAAACAAACCAUGAUCACACAAACUCCUAUAGGAACAAUUGGAUACGUGCCGAUGGAAUUCUUACAUGGAAACAUAGUCUCAAACAAGUUUGACAUAUUCAGCUUGGGUGUCGUAAUGAUAAAAAUAAUUGCAGGCCAUGGAGGCCAUUCCAGAAGUGCUGAAAUGCCUCUUUGUGAGUUUUUUGAUUUGGUACAAGAGAAGUGGAGGGAGAGGAUGCUAGAAACAUGUCAAGCUUCGAGGCUACUGGAAGCAUACUGCAAACAAGUUAAUGUAUGCACUAAGAUUGCACUGAGUUGCAUGGAUAUUGAUAGACACAAAAGGCCAAAUAUAGCGGAUAUCAUCAAUCAAUUGAAUGACACCGAAGCUGCAAUUAACAUGGCGUUGUCAUUGAGCAUAAAAACAAGUAGGCCAUGAUUGUGGUCGUCAACAAGCUUGGUCCAAACUUCAUCGUUAAGCUCAAACUCGCCGAGGGCACGAGGAAGCUUGUCACCAUCGACGACCUGUACUGGAGCCUCAAUGUGAGCAAGCAUCUGCUGGCCGGCAUGACCGUAUUCGUCCUGAGCAUUGUUAAGCUCAAACUCGCCUAGGGCACCAGGAAGCUUGUCACCAUCGAUGGCCUGUACUGUGAGCAAGCAUCUGCUGGCCGGCAUGACCGUAUUUGUCCUGAGACCACAACCAGGUUGCUCUGUCAGGGCAAACCAGGACACAGACACACACGAGGUGGACACACAAACACGAUGAAACCCUAAGAACUUCAAAGAACUCGGGGAAGGAGACACUCACACGAACACACUACAUUUUGCGACACAUAAACUUUGUGUAUUUUUCUCCUUUCUUCCUUUUAUUCAACUGAGUAAAAUAUUCUAUCCAUCCUAAAA